AUGCCCGACGUCAAGCGAAACGUCCGUCUCGUCACGGAGCAACAUAUCAUUGAUAAGCCUUCCGAAGUUGAGGGGUUCCCGCAACGUGAAUGGUGGAUCGAGGUCUACCUUGUCAACGACAAGGGCGACUUGGUGCAAGCCAAUCUCUUCGACAAGGUGGUCUAUCACCUGCACCCGAGUUUCGGACCUCGUGCCACGCAGACUUUCAAGAACCCUCCGUUCCGCAUUCAAGAAGAAGGAUGGGGUGAAUUUGACAUGCAGAUUGAAUUGGUGGCGGACAAGUCCCAUUUCAUCAACCAUGACCUGAACUUUGCUCAGGAGCGUUACGAGUCCAAACACGUCCUGACAUUCAAAAACCCCAAGGCAAGCUUCCUUUCGGCUCUGCGUGAAACCGGUCCUGUUCCGGGUGACGAGAACGGAUCGAAGAACAAGCGCGGUGCCGUUGGCGAGGAGAGUGCCAAGAAGAAGAAGUCGCGCACUGAGAAGAAUGUUGAUAUGGACAAGCUGGCCGAUGGCCUGCAAAAGCUCAACGAGGACGACUUGCUGCAAGUUGUGCAAAUGGUUCACGACAACAAGGCGCCUGAUUCGUAUACCAAGAACGAUAUGGAGUUGGGCGAGUUCCAUGUCGACCUCUACACGCUGCCCGAUUCCCUCAUCAAGAUGCUGUGGGACUUUGCAUCGGACCGACAUGCCCUCUAA